UCCCCUAACUAAUAUCUCUUCAAUGGGAAAAGGAAAUGAAAGUUCUGGAGCAAAAGCAAUUGCCAUAGUUCCUUUUGAAGCUCCCAUGACAAGAACGGACAAUAACCCCCAUUAUUCAACGCACUAAUAUUGCUAGUGUUUCACGAAAGCUCUCUUUAUCAAUUAAAUAAAAAACAACAACAAGAAAUUAAUCUCGGAUGCGAACCAUGUCCGUUCGAAAAAAGCUCUCGUUUUUUGAGAAACUCUCACCCGCCGUUCCAGCCUCCAUUGAGGAAUCCGACCUACUCGAUCGAAGUAUCAAGAAAAUAAAGGACACUCAUUCCUCAGAGAAUGAUGGUCCCGAACUACUUAUGCAAGAUAAACAUUCUGCCAAGGAAGAAAGAUCAGGGGCACAGAAAGCUGUCGAGCAAAAUCCUCAGGAAUCAAUGAUGGAAGAAGAUGUUCUACCCGGAGCUUCUUACCGGGAUAAGCUGAUCGUUGUGGAUAAUUCAUCAGUGAUCUCCUUUGCUACAAAACCCAAGUACAUGGAAGAAGAUUCAGAUGUCGAUGAGGAUCCUGAAGAUGACACCCCCAUUGUUUUGCUUUCAAAAGCAGAGAAGCGACGCAUCCGUGAACCAUGGAUGAACGCCAUCAUUAUAAAAGCUUUUCAUCAUAGAUCGUUGGGAUAUAAUUAUGUGUUCCCUAGAGUGAAAGCACAAUGGAAGCCGGUAGGAAAAUGGGACUUCAUUGAUUUGGGUCUUGAUUUUUUCCUUGUGCGUUUUCAGGACAAUGAAGAUCUUAACAAGGUGAUUCAAGGAGGCCCUUGGUUCAUCGGCCCCUACUUCCUAACCAUGAGAAGGUGGGAGCUUGAUUUUGACCCUGAGGAAGCGCUUCGAUCAACCACAACCACUGCUGUUUGGGCACAGUUGCCUCAACUUUUUGCAGAUCACUAUGAUCCCAUUACUUUACAAAAGAUUGGGAACAAAAUUGGCCCCCUUCUCAGAGUUGACGCACACACAGAGCAUCAUACUAGAGGAAGGAUUGGUCAUCGCAACAAUCAAUGCCCCAAUGAGAAAUUAAGGAGUCCUAGUAUCAAUGAAGCCACAACCUCUCCAUUGGAAGCAAUUAUGGGGACAUUUAAGGCGGACUGCUCUCAAAGCAAAGCUGUAACGGUCAUUAACCCCAAACCUGUUUUGAACACCUACACAAAAAUGGACCCUAAAGUUGGCCAAUGGAUUGUCAAAGAUCAAAAAAUCCCCAACCUUCAUUACCAUCUCCUCCGAAACCCCUCGGUGUUGAUGGAGUUGUGUCCAUUCCUGUCGGAGCAUCCAAGAACUCAGGUGUUCUUAGUCAAGGAACAAAUGGCAGUCCGAAUGGAGACAGCGCUGGAAUGGAUCUUGGAUUGUGUCUCCCCCAGAGGAUCCAGAUGGACAAUGGAAAAACUAUUUGCAGCUUGGCGAGCACCAAUCCUCACAGACAUGGAAGUGAAUCUCCCAGAAAUAGUCCAACGUAUUCCGGAGCCAGUGGAGGAACCGAAUCAGGUGGAUCUUCUCAAAAUCCUGAACCUUGAGUCUCCAGAAGAAGAGAAAGAUGGAAAAAAUCCACCUUUUCAUCAAAGUGCACUGGUCAUUGAUGACGCGAUCGGAGAGGGACUUCGAAGUCUUAGUGCUUCCUUAUCAUUUUCCAAUGGCGAGGUUCCUAACUUGGCACAACCCCUCCCCACUGCCGGUAAUGAACCCAUGGUUAGCCCGAUUGGUCCUGGGACCACAACCCCUCGACGAUUGGAUUAUGAAGAUCAUUUCAUGGAAUUGCCGGGGUGCAGCAAAAUCCAACUUCCAUUUUCUAGUCAACUUAUUAGAGAAAGAUUAGAUAGGGCCUGGGCUAAUCCUGACUGGAAACUUAUCUUUCCUGAGUCAGCUGUUUUUCAUCUUCCCCGUACCCACUCUGACCAUUGCCCUAUCCUUCUUGACCUCAACCCAAUACAAUCUAGACAUGGGUCUCGACCUUUCCGGCUAGAGAAAUUUUGGGUUGAUCACCCUGAGUUUCAACUUCUGGUUCAACAAAUAUGGUCUGAUUAUAAUAGCAACACUUCUAAUUGUCUUCAACAAACUAUGCAAAAAGCUAGAGUUUGGAGCAUUGCUGCUUUUGGGAACAUAUUUAAGGAGAAGAAGAAAUUACUAGAUCUAUGGUUCAUGAAAUCUAGGGCUAAUUGGUUGGUGGAUGGAGAUAGGAAUACUAAGUAUUUCCAUUGCUCCACUAUUAAGCACAAAUCUAGGAACAGGAUUUAUGGGCUUAAAAAUCAGCAUGGGGAAUGGGUUUAUGAUGGUAAUUCCAUUGCCUCUAUUGCUUUGGAGUAUUUUAAUACUCUCUUUACUACGUCACAAUCUUAUUCUUAUUUUGACUCUUAUGCUAAUAUUGGUUGUGAUGCCCCUCAUUCCUUUGACCUUAGCUCCAUUAGCGGUACUCCCUCAGAAAGGGAAGUGCUGGAUGCCAUAAAUUCAAUGAAACCUUACAAAGUUCCUGGACCGGAUGAGUGGUCUAAAUGUCUUCUUGUCCUCAUUCCUAAAGUCAAUUCACCAGAAUCCAUCCAACAGUUUAGACCUAUUAGCCUUUGUAAUACCGCCUCUAGAAUUAUCUCUAAGAUUCUUGUUCAUAGGAUCAAGCCUUGGAUGGAUAAAAUUAUCUCACCUUGUCAGGCUAGUUUUAUCCCGGGUAGGCAAGGCAUUGAUAAUGUUCUUAUUCUUCAAGAGUUUGUCUAUUCCUUUAACAAGAAGAGGGGCAGAAUUGGAGACAUGGUUUGUAAGCUUGAUCUUGAAAAGGCGUAUGAUAUAUUAGAAUGGAGCUUUAUCCAUGAAACUCUUAUUUUCUUUAAAUUUCUACCUGAUAUCAUACGCCUUAUUAUGUCUUCUAUCACCUCAGCAUCUAUUUCAGUUCUCAUUAAUGGGGAUAAAACGGACAGCUUUACACCUACUUGUGGUAUCCGGCAAGGUGAUCCCCUCUCCCCUUAUAUUUUCAUAUUAUGUAUGGAGCAUCUUUUGAUAAAGAUCACUUCGGAAAUGGACAAGGGCAAUUGGAAAGGCAGCAAAGCAGGACGGAGAGGUCCUCUAUUCUCUCAUCUAUUCUUUGCUGAUGACAUUAUCUUUUUGGGGAAAGCCACCAUGACCAACGGAGUUCUCUUGAAAAAUAUCUUGGAUUUCUUCUGUUCUAGAUCAGGACAAAAGAUUAAUGUGCAGAAAUCCAAAAUCUUAUUCUCUAAAAAUGUUGAUCAAGCCUCUCGCAAUUCUAUAUGUUCUAUUCUAAGAUACAACCAAACUGAGAAUCUGGGCAAAUAUUUGGGUAUCCCUGUUUCAGCUUAUAAGUUGAACAAGAGGCAUUGUCAAUUCAUUGUGGAUAAAGUCAGAACGAAACUUGCUGGGUGGAAAACCAAGUUUCUUUCCAUGGCAGGUCAUACUACGUUAGCUAAAUCUGUGUUAGCUGCUGUUCCUAAUUAUUACAUGCAAACUACUUACCUGCCUACUUCUAUCCAUAAUGAAUUAGAUAGGAUUUCGAGAAAUUUUAUUUGGGGAGCUGAUGCAGAACAAAAAAAAAUCCAUCUUGUAUGCUGGGAUAAAGUUACUCAACCUAAAGGAGCUGGAGGUCUUGGAAUUAAAAGCGCCAAAGAAGCCAACAUUGUUGCCAUGACCAAACUUAAUUGGCGCUUGCACAAGGAUAAGGACAAACUCUGGACCACUCUUUUUAGAAAUAAAUAUAGUUUUACUGACCCUCACUACUCUUACUCUUUUUCAGGUUCUCCUACCUGGAAAGCAAUUGGGAAAGGUCAUAGCUUAUUUUGUAAAGGCAUCAAAUGGAUCCCCAGGGAUGGUAAAAACAUUAGUUUUUGGAAGGACUACUGGGUCGGUAACUCCCCCUUGUUUUCCAUCCUUUUUGGUCCUCAUCAAAGUAAUUAUUCUUCAAUCACUGUUGCUGAUUAUUUUCAUGCGGGACCUGAUGGUCCUAAGCUUAUUGGAUAUCAGCUACCUGAAGAAAUUACUAUAUCUAUUACCUCUAUACCUCUCUCAAUUUAUCAAAGUAGAGAUGAUACUUUUGCUUGGAAAGAUUCCUCUAAAGGGAAAUUUUCUGCAUCAUCAGCUUAUGCUAUAUGUAAAAAUAUUCCUCAUGAAGCUGUUAAGAAAUACAAUUGGAUUUGGAGAUCACCCACGAUCCCAAAGAUCCAAUAUUUUCUCUGGCUUCUAUCCCACCAAAGGCUUAAAUGCUUUGAUCUGCUUUUUAAAUUGGGGAUCAAUACCACUGCCAUGUGCCCCCGUUGCCAACAUCAACAUGAAACUAUUGAGCACAUCUUGCGUUCUUGCCCUUUAUCUCAAGCUAUUCUCUCUAACUUGCUACCUGAUAUAUUCUCCCCACAACAACAAAUGCUUAACUUUGUGGAUUGGUUGUAGUUUAAUAUCAAAUGUUCGAUGCAAAUGAACAUAUUGAAUCUCCCUUGGAAUAUUAUCUUUUGUUUUGCUCUAUGGGGAAUAUGGCUGCACAGAAAUCAGCAAAUUUAUAAGGAUAAGCCGUACCCUAUUUUAACU